UCUCUUGUAUGUCCUCCUUUCAGCUCCAAGAACUGUUUAUGUUUUCUCACAAAUGGCGAUGGCGAUAGCCUUAUCAUGCAGCCAUCUCAGUCCUACAGCCAAGCUUCCCCACUCAAUGUCCCAACCCACAACGCUUCCCUUCCCUCACAAAUCGUUCAGCCUCAAAUCCCCAAUAUUCCCCAUUUUCCGUAGCCAGUAUGAUGGUUCGGGUUACGAGGAAGCCGAGGCGGUCGACGAACCUUUCUUCCGCGAUUUGGUUGAAGAGAGCGACGACGAUGAAACAGAGAGCAGCAUUGAUUUAUUGAUGAGAUUCUUGCAGAUCGUGUUCAGGAAAGUCUCGAAGCGUGCCAAGAAGGCUUCUUGCUCUAUCUUACCUGCUGGAAUAUCGCCCCAACUGGUGUCCUUUGCAGUUGAUGGAGUGCUCUUAUUGGCUGCACUUUCCAUUCUCAAAUCACUUCUUGAGGUGGUUUGCACUCUUGGAGGCACUGUAUUUGUUGUAAUAAUGCUCCUUCGCGUGAUUUGGGCUGCUGUGUCGUAUUUUCAACCGAUUAGCAACAGUUUUAACCAAGGUGAGGGUUCAUUUGGCGCUUCACAGCCAAUAAUAUAACCUCAUCAUUGGCUAAAGAUAGGUUUUGGAAGUUUUUUUAUACAGAUGUGCUGCUAUUUCCUCUUGUACAUUAGACUAGGAAAAUGCAAAUAUGACAACCGUGUACACUUUUUUACACUACCACUAUUGAAUAAUUUAUCA